GUUCAUUGGAGAUGGUGGCGGUGUGUCACAUCCACUGUCCUGCACAUUUGUAAGAUUUUACUUAUAUUUUUACACAUUUCCGGCGUCGGCUGCGCCUGACUUCAGUCUCUUCAGUGACAUCUCUUAGAGUGACCCGGUCCUUGGACCCGUUAGCUCUGCAGACAUGCAACCUCCUCCUCGGACUGGACCUCCAGGAGCCUCUGGCCCUCCUCCGUCUGGGCCAAAUAUGUUCCGCAGGCCAAGGCCUCACAAGCCUACAGCAGCAGCUACGGCCGCAAUGCCGCCUGCAACACAACCCAUGACAGACCCUUUUGCUUUUGCCAGAACUCCUCCACCUAUGGCUGCAGGUGGUCUGCAAACAAUACCUAACAGCAACCCUCCACCAAUGCAAACCCCACCCAACACCAUGUACUCUCAACCUAGCUCAGGGCUGCCUCCACAACCACAGACACUGGAGGAUGUCCCAGCUGCUCCCUCUGGUCCCCCAUCAUCCUCUCUACCUGGGGUGACCCUGGUCAGCCCUCAUAGUACAGCAUCCUCUGGUGGUUUCCCUGCACCAGGUUCCACAGGUUAUGCACCCUUACAUACAGAACAGGGCUACUUUAAUUCAAGAGAACAGACACCAUCCAUGUCCACAGAGUCACCACAUAUGGCUAUGGGCCCAACAGCUAGUCAGACUCCUUAUAGUCAGGAAUUUCAAGGACAUCCUCCACCUUUGUCUGUGCCCUUCCAGCCACUGCCUCCCACCACCUCCUCUUCCCACUGGGCUCCUGAUCAUGGAAGUCGCCCUCCAUCAGUUCAGAACUACUUCCAGCCUACUAGUGACCCUCCACCACAGCCAUAUCAUUUACCUCAGCACACUCAGAUGUACCCCUCCCACAGCCCAUCACCCCAUCAAAACACCCCCACGCCUCCAACCCAGCCUGGACACCCACAGCACCAGGCUCAUUUUCCACCUCAAAACUCUGUACAAGCAGCCAGUCCUCAAUGGCCAGACCCAAAUGGACCCCAGCAGCAUAAUUCCCACUUCCAAAGUCAGAGUUACUUCAGUCAGAGCGUUGCUCCCCAGGAAUCGUGGUUCAGCCAACCUCAACAGGACUCGGGCUACCACCAAAUGGGGACCAGCCUGGGCCAUCCUCAGCCUCAGCCUGAUUCUGCUGUAUCUCAACAUGCAUCCAACACUGGACCUGAGGCUAGUUCUGCUCCAGCCCCAGCCCAAGUCCCAGCCCCAGCCCCAGUCCCAUACCCUCAAGAGUCGGGUACACUUUCAUUGUUCUUUAAAGAUGAUGUGGAAAAUGAAGAAACACUUGCUGGGGAGAGAAAUAAAGCAGUCAAUGGUACUGAUGAAUCUUUUCAGCAUCACAGCAACCCACAAACCCACAGUGGCCAUUCAGAUGCAUCUUUGGAUUACCAAGGAGCUCCUCUUCAAGAUCAUUCACACUUACCUUAUAUGAAUGAUGGCAGUUAUCCAUCACAGGGGCAUGCUCAGAAGCCACCUGAUUCCCAGUUUGACCAUGUAGAGAAUUUGGAAUGUGUCCCGAACCAGGAAGUAUUACCCAGUGAAACCAUUGGAAGUCCUGCUGCUACUGCACCCCAAGGAGUAGAGCAGUUUGAAACGGGGCCAAAUUUGGAGACUCCCGAUUCAAUUCCAAGGCCAAUGAGAUCUGCCAGCGUGUCAUCCAAUUAUAGCAAUAUGAGCCAUGGAAGUGGAACUGGUCGUCGACCCCAGGGAGUAGUGGGUACCUUUAUUCAGCAGGAAAGCCCACGUCUCACUGAUGAGGCUACCCCGCCUGCUGCCACUGGAGGCUACUUUGAACAGAUUGACUCUUCACCAGCUGGAGAUUCGGGUGUGCAGCAGAGCACCCUGGAGCAGACGUGGCCUCCCACACCUAGCCCUCCUAAACCCACUGGCAUUUUUCAGGCCAGUGCUAAUAGCUCUUUUGAACCUGUGCGCUCACAUGGUGUUGGGGUGCGCCCUCCUGAGGUAGAUAGGGCUAAAAUGGUAGCAGAAGGAGGUGCAGAUUGUGCACCUGGCAACAUGGAGCAGCCACCAGAUAAUAUGGAAAAUAUUUAUGCCCCAGGGCACUCUCUGCCCUCUGGGGCUGGAGGUGGUGUGCCUCAUGUAACGCUUCCGGCGGUUCACUCCCGGCCUUCAUCCCGUGCUUUUGGGGCCAGUCGCCCCUGCGAGAGCCCUGCCACUACGCUGUGGGCUCAUAGUGAUACUACAAGCUUGGGCACUAGCAUAACUCUUGCCCCUGCUGCCCCGACAGUUCUUCCCCCUUUACGAGAACCCAGUGCUGAUGUCAUUCAGCCUCCAGAGGAUGGCCCACUGGACUUACAGCCCUCUCAGAGAGUCCAGCCAACUUCUCAGCAGCACUCAGAGAACCUAGAGAACCCACCAAAGGUGAGUGAUGCAGAGCCAACUGACUCUCAAGGCAACUUAGGCUAUGCAUCUCUUCUUGUCCCUGGCUCGCUUCACCAGCCUGUCGUGAUUGCCCCUCCAGUGUCCAAUUACAAUGUGAUUCUCCCUAGUGGCACUGGUCAAACACCAAGUCACAGUAGCCCACCUGUAAGACCACCUGCACAAGGGCAGGGUCCCACUACAUCUCAGCUACCUUCAGCAGCCAAUCAAAAUCCACUCUUUUCUCCUGCACCCAUGAGUUUCAAUUCUUCAGCUUCUAAUCAGGGUCCACUCAAUCUGACUCGAGACAAUGCAGCGGUGGCACCGUCAGAAAUCACAGCUCCGCCACAGUCUCAGCCAGUCCGCCCUCCCCUUUCCAGGGGUCAAUCAUUGGGUGGAGACAGUAAUUCUGCUCUUCAAGUUAAUCCACCAGCUUCUCUUACGACUGCUCCUGUCUCUAAUCACAAUCAGCCAUCAAAUUAUGAACUGCUUGAUUUUUCUAUGCACCAAUCACAAGCCCAAACCCAACCGCCGGCCCACCCUGCCUCUCUACACGAGUCUCCGCAGUCUAGUAAUGGAUUUUACCUGCAGGUCACCAAAGAUGCUCAGCAGGGGCUGAGAGUCGAAGGAAAUGGCUCUGUACAGACCCCAGCCUCUUCGUCAGCAACUCAGGUGCCACCAGCACCACCUUCCCAAGCAGCUCCAAACUCCCAGCAGACCCCAACAGAACCUCCUAACACUACAGAUUCUAGGGCUGCACUUCAGGGACAAAAAGAUGCUCCACCCGUGAGUGGAGCACAACCUUCAUUUGGCCAGUAUCCAAAUCCGGCACAGGUGCCUGCCACAGGUAAAGUACCUCCUCCUCCUGCCGCUGCCUACCCUCCAGGCCCCAGAGGACCUGUGCCUCCAGUGGCUGCCCAGCCAGCUCCUGGUGAUCCAUCUCGACCACCCUCCUCUGCAGGCAGCCAUCAAGGCUAUGGGCCCCCUCCUCCUCCAGCGCCAGGACAGAUGUACGGCGGCUAUUAUGGCAAUUACGGGGAAUACGCAGAUGGCAGGGCGCCUUAUCAUCCUGGACAGUACCCACCUGCACCUGUGGAUCCUAGAGCGCAGCCAUAUUAUCAAGAUGGUGCGUACAGGAGCAGAGGAGAUCCUUGGUAUGGGAGAUACGAGGGACAGGCUCCAGCUUAUCGUGAUCCAAACUACCAGUACAGAGAGCCUCAGCCAGAACGACCCAGCUCUAGGACCAGUCAGUACUCCGACAGACCCUCAUCCAGACAAGGCUAUCCUGACGACUACCAGAGAGCAAACCGAAGUGCCUAUAAUGACUAUUAUGCAGAUUAUCCCAAGCACUACGAUUAUGCAGGAUACAACUAUGGUCAGUAUGACCCACGAUACAGAGGAUACUAUGAUCAGUCCUACUGGCCUAAUUAUGAUGAAGCCUACAGAGCCAGAGACAGCUACUAUAAUCAGCAAAUGUAUCCUGCCAGGAAAGAAGGCUAUGAUGACCAGUGGCGCUACUAUCCUGGGUAUGACGCCAGCUUCGACGAUGACUACCAUCGCCGCGGAGACGCGUACGGCGACGAUUUUGACCGACGCAGCGUCCAUAGCGAGCAGUCGGCACACAGCGUUCGCAGCUCCCACAGUCACCACAGCAGACGGAGUAGCUUCAGCUCACGAUCACAACAGAGCCAGGUAUACACAAGCCAACCUGACUUAGUUUACGACACCACUGCGUCCACUCUGGCUGUCGACUACUCGUAUGCCCAGUACCCGAACCAGACUGAUGCCUCCCAGAACUACAGCCAGUACCUCUACCCCGCUGAGUACACCGCAGACAGCACCUGGGUCGCCCCUGAGCAACCUCCCCCUCGACCUGCAACCCCAGAGAAGUUCACCAUACCCCACCGCUGCGCCCGCUUCGGACCUGGUGGUCAUCUGGUUCAGGUGCUGCCCAAUCUGCCCUCAGCUGGACAGCCCGCUCUCGUCGACAUCCACAACAUGGAGACCAUGUUGCAGGAUACCCCGGAUCAGUCAGAACUGCGAUCUUUCCCAGGACCACUUAUCAAAGAGGAGACCCAUAAGGUGGACGUGAUAAAGUUCUCCCAGAACAAAGCCGUGGAGUGUUCCCGAGAUAACAACCUUCUGGAUAGAGACUCGGCCCGUCUGCUCUGGGACUUCAUUGUCCUGCUGUGUAGACAGAACGGGACUGUCGUCGGCACGGACAUUGCUGACCUCUUGCUGAAGGAGCAUCGCUCUGUCUGGCUUCCUGGCAAGAGUCCCAACGAAGCCAACUUGAUUGAUUUUAACAACGAACCUCUGGCACGCGCCGAGGAAGAGCCCGGAGCUGGACCACUGUCCCUUCUAUCGGACACUUUCAUGACUGUCCCGGAAAACCUCGGCAAGGAAACAGAACGCUUCAGAGAGCUGCUUCUGUUUGGCCGCAAAAAGGAUGCACUAGAAGCUGCCAUGAAGGGAGGUCUGUGGGGUCACGCCCUGUUGUUGGCGAGUAAAAUGGACAACAGAACACAUGCCCGGGUCAUGACAAGGUUUGCUAACAGCUUGCCCAUCAACGAUCCACUCCAGACAGUGUACCAGCUGAUGUCGGGGAGGAUGCCUGCAUCUGCCAUCUGUUGCGGAGAGGAGAAGUGGGGUGACUGGCGCCCUCACUUGGCCAUGGUGCUGUCAAACCUCACACACACCCUGGACCUGGACACUCGCACAAUCACCACCAUGGGCGACACCCUAGCUUCCAAAGGGCUGAUUGAUGCGGCACACUUCUGCUACUUGAUGGCCCAAGUUGGCCUAGGAGUUUUCACAAAGAAGAGCACCAAGAUGGUUCUGAUUGGCUCCAACCACAGUUUGUCCUUUUACCAAUUUGCAACCAAUGAAGCAAUCCAGAGGACUGAGGCUUAUGAAUACGCCCAAUCUCUGGGCUCCCAGCCUUGUUCCCUGCCCAAUUUCCAGGUGUUCAAAUUGAUCUAUGCAUGCCGCUUGGCUGAAGCAGGCCUGUGUGCUCAGGCCUUCCACUACUGUGAAGUUAUCUCAAGGACUGUCCUCCAGCAGCCUUCCUACUACUCCCCCAUUUUCAUCAGCCAGAUCAUCCAGAUGUCUGAAAAGCUGCGGUUCUUUGAUCCACAACUGAAGGAGAAACCAGAGCAGGAGUUGUUCAAUGAGCCCGAUUGGCUGUAUCAGCUCAGACAGCUGGAUGGACAAAUCAAGACGGGCAUGUUCACAUACAGCGCAGACAGAGCGACUCCUUCACAGUUCGUCUGCAGCAGCCCCAGCUCUGACUUGGACCAUGCUAGUCUAGCUGAACCGCUGGAGAUGGAUGGGCCAACGCCUGACAACCCCCUGAUGAGCUCAAUACUGCCUGGCCCUCAACCACAAGCAGUGCAGUUGAUGCCUCCAGCUCCCACUUCCAUCCUCCAAGAUGGAAUGGCCCCUCCUCAGCAUUUACCCCCCGGUGACGCACCCCAGUUCUACCCGGUACCCCCCACCGGACCGCCAGGACAGAUCCCCAUCCCGGGCUACCCUCCACAGGACCCCGGCUUUGCCCCUCCGCCCUUCCAGCCUCAGCCCGAGCAGUCCGAGAUGUACCCGGGAGCCCAUCAGCAGCCUCCGCAUGUGGGCCAAAUGUCGCCACACAUGCACCCUCAGAUGCCGCAUUCACCCGUGCAGAUGAACCCCCCGCUACCCCAGAUGCCUCAGCAGCACAUGCCCCCGUCUCCCGGGCACAUGCCACCUGUAGAGCAUCUGCCCCAGGCUUUCCCAGACAUGCAGACCGGUCAACCAAUAUCGUCCUCCCCACCCAGAAACUCCUUCACAUCCCAGAUGGACUUCUACGACCACAUGGCUCAACUGGGUCCCGGGAGGUCACGGGCUCCUUCACAAUCUUCAAUGCAUAUGGGAUCAGGACGCCGCUCGCGUACGACCUCCGAGUCCUCCACUCACUCUGCUGGAAGAGAGCGGAGCAAUUCUGCUGUCAAACAGGUGUCUCCACCUCCACCCUCUAUUCCCGAGCAGCCCCACACGGAAGCGGCCAAGAAAGUCAAGAAAGACUCUCCAAAAAAGAGUGGUGGUGGUGGUGCCGGCUGGCUGAGCUGGCUCUAUAGAAAGGGGAAAAAUGAGGCUCACUUACCAGAUGACAAAAACAAAUCUAUUGUGUGGGACGAAAAGAAGCAGAAAUGGGUUGACUUGAACGAGCCGGAAGAGGAGAGCAAACCCCCUCCACCGCCUCCAUCCGGCUUUCCCAAGAUGCCUCAAAUGCCUGGCCCUGGGAUCCCUGCUGCACCACCGGGGGGCGGUCCUCCCGUCAACAUGUUCUCCAGAAAAGCAGGCACUAAGAGCAGAUACGUGGAUGUCCUGAACCCCAGCAGAGCUACCAAACCAGGCGGCAUGGCCCCUGCUCCAGCUGACCUCUUUGCUCCUCUGGCACCGAUGCCCAUGCCCGCGAACCUAUUUGUGCCUAGUUCAGCUCCUGACGAUCAACAACCUCUGGAAGGCAGCGAAGGAGGAAACAUGGAGCAGAACGCACCCAACACCAGCGCUGCUCCACAGAUGUUCAACCCGACGCUGUUACCGCCUGCCCCAGAAGGUCCCCACGUGCCUGAUGGCUCACAGUCCGGGGAGCUGUCUCGUUCUAGCUCAAUGAGUUCUUUAUCACGCGAAGUGAGUCAGCAUUUAAACCAGACUCAUCCCGCACAGGGAGCUGCUCCAACUGGAGGCGUCACUUUUUAUAACCCUGCACAGUUUGCACAGACAAGUGCACCAUCAGGAGCUGGACAGCGCUCUGGCCGUUUGGGCGGCCAGCGCCAGUACCCUGUGAUGAAGUAACCAUCAUUGCCACAGACAGACACUGUGCAAACAGACUUGUUGGAUAGAUAUUACCUGGAAGUAUAUGAAGCACAUGGACAUACUGCUCUCUGUCUUAAAGGACCCUUCUCUUUGCCUGCACAUGAGAAGAGCGUAGUCGGUCUCUCCAUCAUGUCGGUCUUCGUCCAACAGCUUAACCACUCUUUUCUUUUCGUUUAGUUCAGGUACUGUCUCUGGUGUCUUUUUUAAACAGGCUCGGCGUUUCCUUGAAGGGCUCAUCGCUGCAUCCAAACGGACGGUGGCAUAGAAGAUUUUUAACACGGAGAAGGCUCGUUUGUUAACGCUUUCACACACAAACUGUAUGUUCAUGUUGGCAAAAAUCCAAUAAGCAUCCAAUAAAUUCCUUGCUCCUCUGAAGCUGCCCUCAGAUCGAACACUGUUAACAGAACCGUCGUAACACGUCCUGUCCUGGGUUUUCCCCCCUUUUUGUCUGUGAUCGAAUGUACGUGUGACGGAUAAAAGCGGCACCUUCGCAUUUCUUAUUCUGAAUUUGGAGGUGCAGCUUUUUAGCAUUUGUCAACUGGAGAUAGCAUUUGUUUUUGUAGUGUGUGCGUGAGAACGAACUGUCAGUAGUGCUUUGUGUCGGUCGUGUUGUUCGCUGCCCCCUCCUCCUCCCCCCCCACCCCCCCGUCGCCCUCCAGUAAUGGAAGCACGUUGGAUGACGCAGGAAAGCGAGAAAAGUCUGCAGUGUUAGGAUGCUGCUCGUUUCAGAUAUUUAUUUAAUUGUCCUCCUGACCUUCACCUCUCCACUUCUUCGUCCAAGUUAAGCUCAAGUUUCUCUUCUGAGGAGUCCAAACGUCAUCGAAUUGAGGGGUGGCGUUCGAGAACAGCGGGAGCCAGGACUAAAACUGCAUUUUAAAUGUCGCUAAAAAAUGAAUCUAUCCAAAUAUUUGUAUAUCAGAUUGAUUGUAUUUAUGAGCUGUAGGCAUAAAGGUGUGAGUUUGUGUGAGUGCGUGUUUGCGUGUGUGUGUGUGUGUGGAGAGAGCUACUAAUUUUUUCUGAUAGGCUUUGACAAAAUGCAUUUAUGAUUGAAGAGAUGAUUCGUAUUCUGAUCAUUUGUAUCGGCCGCUUCUGCAGACGAAUAAAUCAUUAACUAAAUUGUGAACUGAGAGCUAAUUGUACUCUGAAUACUUCUUGCAAUUUUUAUUUACUGAUUUUUAAUUCAGUCACUCGUCCUCCCAAAUGUUUUGAUUUGAUGUAGUCAUGGGUUUAUGAUUUUUUUUUUAAAAAAAGGUCUCCUUUUGUUGAAGAGAUGUUCUCCCCCACAAUGUUUUAGAAUUCCUCCUGUAAAAUUCUUGACAUGAAACCGCAAGUUCAAAAGGUAGAAACAAAUGGUAAUAAAGGUAUUUUUUGCGCUCUGUAGCACUUUGAA